AAAGGGAAUGAAGUCAACUAUGAAGUGUAUGAAUUAUCAUUCCUUAUAUAUUUUGGACACCAUCUUAGCCACUAAUGCAGCUGUGAGACCAAUCUACAGAGUUCUCACUGUACUUUUUUUUUUACUUCAUAUAAUAAACCAGUUAUUUCAUACAAUACACUUUGUAUGUUUUUCGUUCUAUUUUGAGGCAGUAGUGGACAUAGUGUGGUGUAGUUUGAAUCAAUAUGUCCAUCACUGUGACUCAGGGGUCUGCUUCAGGGUUGCAAGCUGUGAUGGAAGCAGUUUCUUAAAAUCUGCUUUAUAAUCGCACUGCCUGAUAACACAAUCCGAUUUACUUUUGUCCAACUGCACACAAGGUGCAGUGUCUGCAAAUUGGGGGUCCAUAAAACCAACCCUGUAGGUGGGACAAUUGAGCGUGCGUGGUUGAGAAAUCUAUGUACACACACAGCAUGCAGAGUGGCAUCGAUAGGAAGGGAUGGACAGGGUGUAAAUGAGAAGGGUGGCGAUAAAGUGGUAGAAGCAUGCAGUAUGGAGAAAGCGAUAAAAGUAUACGCGCAUAAUGUUGAGUGAGCGUGGCAGGUCAGCUACUUUGCCAUCGCGUGUCAUGCAAAUAUGAAUAAAUAUGAAUUUUACGAGCAUAGGCACAAGUGCAUCCACGUUGUGGUGCCUUUACAACUUAGGGCGGGAGCAAGUGCAAUUAAAUAUACUAAAGCAGGGAGUUGCACAUCAAUGGAACAAUAUGGAAUGCGCAUCAAAAAAUGAGCAUGUGGCAAAUAAAAGACAUCAUCUGUUAAUUAAAGGCUUUUAUUAGCCCCUAACCUAAAGCAUGCAAGUGUGCAAUCCAAUCUGAUACGCCUGCACUCCUGCCAUCUGGACUAAAAGCUAAACAAUAUUAAGUCGCCUCCCUGGCACCAGUGACAAGCUCACUAGCAAUGAAAAAUGAUGCCUCUUUGAGUACAAAAAUAAAGAAAUAAAGACAAUAAAAGCACUCUAGUAUUACAGUGCUACAAAAGUGCCAGUGCCCAUCAUUUUGCAGCUUAGCAGCCUCCACGUUACACACCUCUUUCUUACCCACUUACACAAGGGCUUUCCUGACAGAUAACACCGGCACUGCAGUCAUUGCGAGGCACCGCAAGGAGCAAUGAAGACGUAACUGCACACACAUUGACAGAUAGAGAAGAGAACAUGGGAGCUUUUCAUUCUAGAUCAUGUAAAGUUCUCCGUGACUCUCUGUGAGCCAACUGAGUGCCAAAGAAAAUCACUGUCACCUCUGUUGUUUGCCACUUCAAUUUAGCGUCACCCCAGUCACCCUCCCAGCCCUGCACACUUUCCAAGAGGACGAAACCAGCAGAUAACAGAAACUCCAAGAAAACAUCUGCCUAGGAUGUUUUGAGUUAGGUGGACUGGUUACCUGGACUCUUUGUGGACAUACUACUUAAUUCAGUGAUUUUCAACCACUGUCCCGCAGCACACUAGUGUACCUUGAGAAACAGUCAGGUGUGCCGUGAGGAAUUAUCCAAUAUCACUUUUUAUAGUUAACAUUGAUUAAUCAUCAUUUGCAAAUAUUAUGUGAAUAGCCAUGAAUACAUGGACACAAAUAUUCCAAUUGCAUUUGGUAUAUUUGCUCAAACUGAAAGAAUUGAACAGGGAUGGAAUAUUCCUUUCCCCAAUCCAAUUCAGGUAUCUUGUACCCGCUCAAACGGAAAUUUGUCAGGGUGCGUUCUUCUUCGUGGUGUUUUUCUUCUUCUGUUGUUUAUUGGCGGUUGGCAAGCAGCUUUCGUAUGCAUUAGCGCCAUCUGUGGAACAGAAUCUAAACACUUCUAUACUUUAUUCACAAGUCCAGUUUUAUUAAAAAAGAAAAUAUAUAUCUAUAUAAAACAUGUCCUGAGUUUAAUUAUAAAAUAUUAACAAGAUUGAAUUUGAUCUUUUCCUGUUUAAAUUGAUCCCGGGUGCGUUCUUUCAGCUCAUGCUCAGAUAUGACGUAACACGCAGAUCCAGACGUUCUUCAGUUUUAAAAAUGGAGGCGAGCAAUCGGCAUUGGACUAAGCAAAGUUUGUUUUUGAUUCAAACUAAAUUUCAAGACUGGACAGACGAAAAACUGAUAAUACGAAGUUAUUCCAACAAGUGAAAGAAAAACUCGGGGAAGCCGGUAUCACGUGAUGCUUACGUUUUACUGCGCAUGCCCUGUUGACUAUUCUGUUUGGAUACCAUUGUUUCCCGAAAGGUCAUUCGGAAAGAGAAAAACUGGUCAUGUAAAAACAUGGCUACUGUCGAGUGUCUGUGGUCUGUGGACUGGCAGAGCAAUGUAAUAUUGGUCUGUGUGGCAACACCUACCUUGUUCCUCCUAUAGACUUAUUGAUGCACGUGUGAGGUCGUGGUGACAUUUUGUAACAUUUUUGGUUAGUGGUGUGCCACAAGAUUUUUCCAAUGUAAAAAACGUGCCGUGGCUCAAAAAAGGUUGAAAAACACUGACUUAAUUUAUGGAUCCAUUCAUCUUAGUUAAAAGUGCUUUUAGUAAGCCUUACUGGGAACACACUGUUUUGUGUGACUGUAGCGUUUGGAUUUUAUGUCUCCAAGAAGAGCUAUUUUUACUUUUUAUACCCAAUAAAUACCAUAUAUCACAUACACAUAACAUCUAAAAGGAAGCAAGAAAGCAGGACCGACACGAUAGAAACACUAGCAUCCCAACAGUGUGUGACGUACAGUGCUAACAUUACAUUCAUAGUUUAAGAUAGUUAACUUAUUCACUGCAAUAAAACAAAAUGUCCAGAAUGACAGAUCCCACAGCUGUAGUUGACGGACAGUUGGCAGAGCCAAUGAAUCCUCCUUUUUUACCAAGCAAACUGGCUUUUUAUUGUCCUUAUAAAUAGGCUCUAAGAGCAUAUAUUAUUGUUAGAACUUGAGAACCUUUUGCAUAUAUAGGGAACCAUUUUCUUUUUAUCAUUUUGCCCAUCAUCCACAGUCAUUACAUCAGACAUCAACACACAUUGAUAUUGUUACGCCAAAGAACUACAAUACUGGUGUAGUGACGCCUCACCACGCCGCUACCACCACUGCUCCUGUGUUUUUGAGUUUGGAAAAGUUAACGCUAGGUUUAGCAUUCAUUUCUAUGUUGCUAUGACCAAAGCAUGGCAAAAUACUGUAAGCAUUACAUGUUAUAUAGAAUAUCAUGAAUGUGGCUGCCGGAAGCAUUCCGCAAGAUUAGUUAGUCAGUGUGAAUGGCAUUUUGCGCCAAGCCGGACUGGAUCAGAACUGGAGCAGCAACGGAUUCAGUGUGAGCCCGGUUGUUAGCUGUGUUCCAUUACGUGCAUUAAUGAUCUGCCUCUAUUUUUUAAGUUUUUAUAUCUUUACACUGCACGUAAAAAUAAAAAUGAUUAUGGAUGAAGGGUAAAAGUGCAGUUUUCCUUUAAGUCUCUGCCUCUGACUGUGUGGGAAUAGUGUGCAAGCAACAAUGUAGGGCAGGCCUAAUGCCAUGUUUUGUUUUUUAAAAUUCGACUUCCUAGUCAUGGUCAUGUUUUAGGAUGCUCAAAAUUGCACUCCACCUCAACUUCAGAUUCUCUGACGGAGAUGUUGUGCUUUCACAAGUCGUGGUUCAACAGUUGACAGCCUGAAGCAAUAAAAAGCCAUUCACUCUGUCUGCUUAAGAAUAUGAGCGGCCUCUCUCUCACAGUGCAACAUUUUUCCAGCCAUCACACACACACACAAGAGAUUGGCUCCUCUUGUAAAUAGCUUAAAAAUGGCGUGUAAAAUUGGUUUUCACACUUUUUUCCCACAGCUUAUCAGCAAUAAAAAUAACCUGUGCUUAAAAAGCAGCAUUUCAAAGAGACCAAAGAGAACUAUUUGACAGUGGCUUGCUUUGACUAACAGUGCAGCCAAGGCACGUUUGCAGAGAUGUCCGGUCUAUACAGCUGUGAUGAAAUGCUGCAAGGCUGUGAUACAAAACAGCAUUUAAUUGUGUGUUUUAGCCGGAAAGUGUCUUACUUUUGAGAAAGUGCGCUCAUUUGGGGCUCAUGCUGUUUAUGGCAUUAUUAAAUAUUGGACUUAACAAUAUUUAAUUUUCUUAGGAACUGUUUUGCAAGCUGUUGUGAUCCGAGCUCACCAUCGACUUUCAUCUUCAACCAUGCCUCCUUGACUCUGUUGUCUCUGGGCUCCAUCCGCUACCUCAUUUCUAGUACAGCUCUCCGGCUCCCUCAUCAAAUCCCUCCUCCCUGCAUCCAGAACAGUGAUGGAUGGCGGCCUUCACCUGUUUAUCGUCUUUACAUAUUUCUCUGCCCAUCUGCUUAAUGACACACAUUCAUACCCGCUGAUUCGUCACCACUCUUCUCCUCUCUUUUAGCCUUCAUCUCAGCUCUUUAAACACACCCUCCUUUCUUCAUUCAUUUCCCUUUCAGCUCUUACCGCAUUAGCCGCAGUUAGCCUCACUUCUGGGGCCUCCACAUGCGGCACUGCUUGCCUUCCGUGCUGUGCUUUCUAUACAUGGCAACUGACUAAAGCAGACGCGAUUUGACAGGGGAAUGACAAAGGAGUGAUAGUAUCAAAAGGAUGAGUGGGCUUCCAAUGCACACGACUGCCGCAACAAGAGGCUACGUGGGCGUUGUGUUCUUCCUAGCCUGGAGAGAAAGAGGCUCACUAUAAUUAUGACUGUGUGGGAGACUGUUUUGGUAUGCUCUUGCUUGUUUCUGCAUGCAAAUUAAUAUCAAGAGCGAGGACUUGGAGCAAGAACUUCUGUCUUUUACUCUUGUUUAUUGCUGCUUUUGUGUGUUGGGUUUACUUCAUUUUUUUAUCAUUUCUUUACAAAUGUUUCAAUCAGAUGUGUCAGAUUACCGUGUUUGUGAUGAGAGAGGUGUUUUGGAGCUAAUAUAAAUGCCUCAAGUUUAUCAACAUUGCUUAAAUCAAUACGAGUUCAUUAGUGGCUCAUGGCAUUUGGGAAGGUUCAAAUGUACGACCCGAUGAGACAAUACACAUGCAAAUAUACACAAACACACAAUGUGUCUUAAGGUUACAAAUUGGACUUGGCAUUUAAGGAGGACUUGGCAUUUGGCUAUUACAGACUGAGGCCAAAAGGAAACCGAGUCUUCAAGUGCAGGAGGUCUUCUAUGCUAAAAACACACAUUAUACCAAGUCAAGCCCGAAAGCACAUCUUAGGCCGUGUCCACACGGACGCGGAUAUUUUAAAAAAUGCACAUUUGCCCCAAUACCAUGUCAAAAAAUAUCCCCAACCACACGAUUUCUGUCCACACGAAUAUGCAUCCACAGGCUGUCAUGCCGCCUGGACGGUUAAGGCAAUUUCAGAAGAUUACAUCAUUUUCAUAGACUCACAAAGAUACUUGUGGACUGCUAGCCUAGUAGCAUUACUUUUCAGUAGUUUACUUCAAAUUUGUAAGAAAAAUGCAUUGAAUUGUAUGCUGCAUAAAAACAUAUCUAUAGCAGAUUUUGAUUAUUACCACAAUGCUGUAAAGUGUCGUUAAUUUCAUCGAUGAAGAAAGAACUCCAUCGGCUGUGACGACAUCAUCCCUGAUAUAAUUCUGUGUCUGGUGAAUUGUCCUUGUUAAAUGGCAUCCAAGACAGUAGUUAUGCAGCACAGGACAGACAUACUGUAUAUAACAGGGACGCUUUCAAUGUAAUCACAAUGUCCUUGCCAUUAUUCCAAAAUGACCACAUGCUUGUGAGAGUUGUCCCACCAGGUAGGGGUCCGGCCAGAGCCGUUUUAGAGAGCAGCAGCAGUAGUGUCGUCUGAAGCUCAUAUGUCAAUGUAAAGUGAAAGUUGGUAUGUUUGGCAACAAGCUAAAAGCCCCGUCUUUGCGGUCCUCAAACACAUAAACUGAAGCUGAGUUUUCCAAAAAUCAUCACCCUGAUAAGAGUUUUCAAAAAGCAAAAUUUUUAAAGACAAAAAUAUCCAUUUGCAUGUGGAUGAGAGGCAAAAACGCACAGAAAAAUAUGUUUGGACAGGGCCUUAAUUACAUAUGCUGGGUUUAGAUGAUGCACCGCUACGAUUUAAAGCAAAUAUGUCGACUACUGACUUGAUUCUAGCUGAAUUUGACCUCUCAAGCUGCUGCAGUGAGUGUUGGAACAGCAACUUUUAGGGCGUUCUGCCUGUGUCGUGCCCCGACGCAGAGCUUCUGACGAGCUCUUUGCACCUCUCCCAUACACUCUCCGUACUCUGCAAGAAUGAGGUUUUUUCAUGCAUGGUAGUGCAAGUGAGACAUUUCCUGGAAUAGAUGGUAUGCAGAAGAACAAAAUAGAACGCUGUGGACACAAACACAGUGCACACACCUCAGAAUACACACCACACACACGUACACAAAGUGCAGAUGCAAGCACAUACAUACUGAGUCAACACCCAUCAUGACCCUGCUGCAAAAAUCAAUAAGUUGAAUGAUAAGCGUGGGAUUCAUGGAAGUGGAGGAGUGUAACCAAAUGGGACAAGGAGCCAUCCGUCUCUCAGGGAGGGAUCGAUCUGCAAGCAGAUGCAUCGCUUUCACCCAUCAUUUGUGUGCGUGUCAAUGUGUACUGCGGCGCUACACUAUGGCAAAAAAAAAAAAUAGAAGAACGGUCAAAAAGAGACCAUGAAGCAAAGGAUAAGAGAGUCAACACUCCAAUGAUGGUGCGGUGUACAAAAGACUGGCAGUGACGGCAGUGAGAGAAGAAAGGACGUGGCGAGGCAGAACAGUGACUGAUAAUGCUGCCAUCCUCAGGUUGCCUCAAGGGCAGACCAGACAGUGGGGAACAGAUUGUGGGAAUGAGACAAGGAAAUGGCAGAAAGUUACAGCACCGCUAGAGGCACAAUGGGUUUUAGAUGGUGCCAAGUUAGCAAGAUGGAAAACACGAGGAACAACACUUUGCUGAGAGAUAUAUGCUGGAGAAUGGAUGACAAAGACCAAAAUAGGCUGUCCGUUCCUGAACCUGAAGGGAUAUAUCGAAACAUUGGCUUCAAAGUUGAACAUUCAAGGGUGCAAUAACACCCUAAAAGGUUCAAUAACUUGAAAGGUAGAAGGAGUAUAGGAGCACAGUUGCACAGUUAGAAUGAAUAUAAAACAAAAACGAUGUCCUUGCCAUUAUUAUUGCCAUUAUUCCAAAAUGACCACAUGCUUGUGAGAGUUGUCCCACCAGGUAGGGGUCCGGCCAGAGUUGUUUUAGAGAGCAGUAGUGUCGUCUGAAGCUCAUAUAUCAAUUUAAAGUGAAAGCUGGUAUGUUUACUCUUAAUGGCACAUAACUGUUAUGUCAUCUGUUAGUGGGGCAUAUUGCUGAAACAAUCUUUCACUUGGUGAUACAAGCACCAGAAUUGGCACACUUGUGCAAUAGAACCUAAUAGAACCUCAAAAAAAGUACAAUAUCUAACUUCAAAUACAAAAUGGCUGCCAUUUUUCAAGAUGGCCGCCAUUCAUAGUCGUUCGAAAUCGUAUUUGCACUAAAAUAAUGACAAAAUAAUGUCAUUGUGAUAAUCUGUACAUAUUAGAUAGCAUUUGGGACACUUAUGUAUACUAAGUUGUCUAUUUAAUACUACAACAGUUAGUAAUUAUAACAACUACAUUUGGUACACUACAAGCCGACGUUGAACCCCAUGCUGAGUUUCGCAGCAGUGAUGUCACCAGUGUGCCCUGGUUGUGCUAUGACAUCACUGUCAUGAGGUAAUACAAACCAACAACAUUAAUAUUUGUAAGUUACAGUAAUUUAACAAAUACAUAGCAGAGGACAGGUAAACUUUGUGACCAGGUAGCUUAGAAGCAUACAACUUUUCUGAUAAAAACACCAAUUUGUAUAUAUAUAUGUAUAUGUAUAUACAUAUAUGUAUAUGUAUGUAUAUGUAUCAGGCUCCAUAUUGAAAAAUGGUGUCCAUAUUGGAAUUUGGAAUUCAUUAUUGGAUUUAAUAAAUUAUAAUACAUUCAUUUGGUAUUCUGACCAUAAAAAUAUUGUGUUUAUUUGAGUUCUACUUCAACAAGCACAUGUUUUUCAAAUUUGCUCUGGCGGCCAUAUUGAAAAUUGGCAGCCAUAUUACAUUUUAUGUUGGAUAUCGUACUUUUCUUAAAAUAUGUAUCCUAAACGCCAUCUGUGCCAAUUUUGUGAAAGAGUGAAAGAUUCUUAUGAAAUGUUUGGAUAAUCUGCCCCACUAUGUUGGCAACAAGCUAAAAGCCCCGUCUUUGCGGUCCUCAAACACAAACUGAAGCUGAGUUUUCCAAAAAUUAUCACCCUGAUAAGAGUUUUCCAAAAGCUACAUUUUUCAAGACAAAAAUAUCCAUUUGCAUGUGUAUGAGAGGCCAAAACGCACAGAAAAAAUAUGUUUGGACAGGGCCUUAAUUACAUAUACUGGGUUUAGAUGAUGCACCGCUACGAAUAUAAAACAUGUCUUUAUAUGAUAGCUACUGACAUUCAGGGGUUGUGUUUUGAUCAGACAAACUGACUGAUUUCUAUUUAACCAAACGCUACCUUUCUGGACUUAAAAAGUUCCCAUGAUCAGCCCUGACAUUCCGUUUUGAAUUGAUCUUACAGUCUUUGCGACACCAAAGUGUAUCAUCACUGCUAUCAUAAAUCUUUUAUUACAGGCUAAAGAUUCUUAAAUAGGCCAAUGAAGCGUUCUGUUGAGUUUUUUUUUUUUUAAGUCUAACAAAGCAAACCAUUUCACAGGACGUAGACUGAAGAUGGAUGAUAAAGCCUCCUCUGGUUUCACGAGGAAAGAGAAAAGCUAAUGGAAAAUAUUGAGCCAGCAAUUUGCACCAAGGUGUAAAGUCAGCAUGAUGUAUUACUGCUAGGUUACGUACACAGCGACUACAUUAUUUCUAUAGUCUUAACUCUGACUGUUAUCAACACUUGCUGUCACCCUCCAUCCAUGUUACAGUUACCAUGGCAACCGGUAUGAAUGACAAUCAGCUGCAGUGACUCAUCUCUACACUUUGUCAUAACAUAAGCGGUACAUCUGGGGAGUCUGGGCCCCGAAGUGGACCGGAGUGGCUGAGGAGUACACCGCAUUGUGUUUUGCUGUAAAAUCCAAGCAGAUAAAGCGGGUGACCCAAUUUAAUUCCCUGACCCACAGUCUUAAGGAAGGGCCCAACGAUAAAACACAUCUAAUCCUCUCUUACAGGUUUCUAGGUAACCGUUACUAUGGGGACUGGUUGAGUGUGGAGGGUGUUUCAAGGCGAUGAAAAAUAAAAGUGCCUGCUUAAAAUUGUAUACUGUACCUCAGAGGAAUAUGGAGAGAAGGUAGCAACUCUUUAAUGUAGUAUUCAUGAAACAAUAUCUUUAUUUUCUUUCUGUUCAGGUCUGUGGAUAGCCUGGCUUUCUACCAUGCCUGCCCCCCCAACCCUACACCCCAGCAGAAACAGACACCCGCCUUCCUCACAUGGCCAUCCUGAUCUAGAGACCAAACAUUCCACUUUCCCUUUCCUCUUCCCUCCAUCCAUCCUUUCACGUCCUCGUACCCCAAAGCUGAGCUCAUCGCCGCCCUCCUCAUCCCACCUCAUCCCCUGCUUGGGGGCUUCGAGAAGAGCCUUCCCAAGCGUUGUCCCGUUCCCGGCUUUUCAUUGGCUUGCCCUGGUCACAUGCUGCCUGCUGCCCUCUCUGAUCGGAGCAGGGGAAACGUGGGGCGUGGUGUCGGCCUGCCCCUUCCACUGCGUGUGUCGGAACCUUUCCGAAUCACUCAGCACACUCUGUGCUGAUAAAGGGCUCCUGUUUGUCCCGCCGCACGUUGACCGGCGCACCGUGGAGUUGCGGCUGGCUGACAACUUCAUCACAGAAGUGGGUGGGAAUGACUUUGUCAACAUGAGUGGAUUGGUUGAUUUGACUCUAUCCAGAAACACCAUCCACCUGAUCCGACCCAUGGCCUUUGCUGAUUUGGAAAGCCUACGCUCCUUACAUCUCGAUGGUAACCGACUAACAACAGUGGGCCCCAGGGACCUUGCAGGGCUGGUGAAUCUACAACAUCUCAUCAUCAAUAACAAUCAGCUGAUUAAAGUGUCUGGGCAGGCGUUUGAUGACUUCUUGCUCACCUUAGAAGACCUGGACCUGUCCUACAACAACCUCAGAACGGUACCCUGGGAGUCCAUUCAGAACAUGGCAAGUCUGCACACUCUGAACCUGGACCAUAACCUCAUAGACCACAUAGCGGAGGGAGUCUUUGGAGAGCUCUAUAAGCUGGCCAGGCUGGAUAUGACCUCCAACCGGCUAAGGACCCUGCCACCCGAUCCUCUCUUUGCGAGGUCCCAGACAGGUGCAAUAAGCCCCACCCCCUACAAUGCAGUCAUAAGUCUGAAUUUUGGAGGAAACCCACUGCACUGCAACUGUGAGCUACUGUGGCUGAGACGGCUUAUCCGCGGAGACGACAUGGAGACCUGCGCCACGCCUGUGCACCUGGCAGGAAGGUACUUCUGGUCGAUUCCCGAGGAGGAGUUCACAUGUGAGCCCCCUCUCAUCACCCGCCACACUCACAAGCUGUGGGUUCUAGAAGGCCAAAGAGCCACCCUCAAGUGCCGCUCCAUUGGAGACCCUGAGCCUGUGGUGCAUUGGGUGUCACCUGAUGAUCGUAUCAUCGCCAACUCCUCCCGGACCAGCUCCUUCAACAACGGCACGCUGGAUAUCUUAGUGACAGUGGCGCGGGACGACGGCGCGUACACGUGCAUCGCUAUUAAUGCAGCGGGCGAAGCAACAGCCACUGUUGACCUUAAAAUAAUUCCUCUCCCGCACCGGGGCGGAGCAGGCGGUAAUAACAACGUGAACAAUAAGAACAGGAAUGUGACCAAUGGGAUUUUACGAACUGAUCCGGGAUCCUCGGAUAUUAGCACAGGGAUAAACGGCAUGGGACGUGGUGGUGACGUGGAGGACACAAAAAAAGGAGGCGGCGAGAAUGAGGAAGGUGACGGCGGCGGGGCGGCUGAAGGGGAGAGGCCUGAUGAAAGGAACAUGGAGAACGAGGAUGAAGACGAGGAAGAAGGGAGGAUGGUUGGAGUCCAAGGAGUGACGUCCACAUCAGCUCAGAUCCGAUGGGACUUGGGGCGUUUGUCCGGAGCUUACGUUGUGUGGAUGUAUCAGAUACAGUACAACUGCACGGUGGACGAAACACUCAUCUACAGGAUCCUACCCUCCACUAGUGACCGCUUCCUGUUGAAGAACUUGGUAUCGGGAGUGGAUUAUAACUUGUGCGUGCUGGCCAUUUUCGAUGACUCUAUGACAGCGUUGGCGGCGACCAAAGUAUUGGGUUGCACCUCCUUCUCCACCAAAGACGUUUACCCCGCUUGCAGCUCUCUCCAGGCUCACUUCCUGGGAGGGACGCUCACCAUCUUGGUCGGCGGUGUGGUGGUGGUUACACUCCUCGUGUUCACUGUGGCGUUAAUGGUUCGCCAUCGCGUGUGCAACCACACCAACCACCUCAUUUGUCACAAUGGCAACGCCGAGGCAGGAGUUGGGGUUUGUGGUCAGGGGGGAGGAGUAGCAGCCCGGGACAAAGGAGGAGACAGAGGCGGGUGCUACCCAUCCAACGGUUCUGGGGACGUCAUGAUGGUGGUCCUGCCCAAUGGUCUGCCCGCCAAGAGAACGGGGGAAAGAGAAAAGGACAAAGAGAAAGAGGCGGCGGAUUCUGCUUCAGCUCUUCCGCCAAAACUCCCCCCAAAGCCGAGGCUCAAGAAUAAGGUCAACCUGGAGCAGUUUCUUUCAGCCGGGGGUGUGGUUUCCACCAUGGCGGGGGCAGGAGGGGAGAUGGCCUUGGUGGUGCGGCAGAGGAAGCUGGACAAGGCCCCGGGGUACAUUCCGGAAAGUGACAGAAUUCCCCUCUACUACUCCCCCUCCAUCUCAUCCACCCUGCCCCGCCAGUCACGCUCCAAGGAAUGCCCGAGACCUCGUCUGGAGCGACAGCUGACCAAUCGUGCCAGCUUCUCCUUGGCAGCACCACUGAGAGACUCUGACCUGCUCGACUGGAGGAUAACGUCCACCAACAGGGACAAAUGGAACUCCUCUCAGGCUUAUCAGAGCCCUGUUUCCCCUCUAAGCCCCGCCUGCAGGGCCGUCAGCAAGCGGCGGCACUCACUCGAUAUGGGCUCCUCCGUUGCACUAGCAACAGAUGCGGCCGCCACCGUUGCCAAGCGGUACGGAGCUGUCAGCUACGCCAAGAGGUUGAGCGUGAUCUGGACCAGGCGCAGUCAGUCACUCCACGGGAUGCUGGUGCAGUGCGCCUCCACCACGAGCACCGCCUCCUCCAAUACCAGCGACGAGGGUGAAAGCGGCGGUGGAUUUGGGGCUCGCUGUGGAUACAUCCACGCUUACAACACCACCAACUCCAACUCCAACACUGGUGCGGCUGCUGGCAGAGCUAUAAAAGAUAGGGGCAGGGAGAAAGGAAAGGAUGGGAGGAGCGCUGAAGAGCUGGAGGAAAGUAUUGUUUAGAACGUUGACAGAAGGUUCCAGUGGUUGGAGUUAAGACAAAUGACAGAUGGAGGAUUGUAGUUUAAUAAGAAAGAUGGAGACAAAAUCAAGUUUAAUAAAGAAUAGAAAGCCUUGACAGUAAAUAGCUAGAGGGGGCUUUUGGCCUUGAAAUCCUCAAAGAGAGUCAGACACACAAGCAACCGUUCUCAAAGUAAAUAGAGACAUAAUCGAAGACGGGAAGUGAGAACAAAGAGCUUGAGAAGGUUUAGAGCUCAGUGUGGAUCCCAGCAAAGCCUCUACACUAAUAGAAGCUGCUCCGGCCCACACAACAACACCAAGGCCUUGCACCGGGUUCAAGUAGCAUCACCAACACUGCAGGAGGGAUGGCAAAUGAGAUUUGGAUGUGGCUCAACUUUGUCAAAGUGUUAUUUUUUUUGGAUUCAGCUAAACGCAAUGAAUGUGACUUCUGUGGCUGCACUUUGGCCGGCCAUGCCUGUGGAUUACAGGAGCAUAAAUACAGAGCUGGCCAUGAUCAAUCGAUGUUUGCUGGCGGCAGCGCAGUGGAGCACGGACAUUAUUAAAUGACACCCGGAUUACAAUGGAGUCGAUACGGAUUACAAAAUGGUGGAGGUGUAUGAUGGAAGGUUUCCAUGCUGCUUGUGGUGUGCAUGGAAAGGUUGGAUCACCGAGCGGAUGCGUGUGUUUAUGUGAGGAGUUUUUGCCAGGUGACCAUUCCUGUUACGUAUGUUUUCAUGUUUCGUCAUCUUUGCAACGCGCUGGGAACAACGAUGAAGGAAAUAAAAGGAAAUAAUCACUAUUUUUGCAGCUUGGACUGAAAGCAUCCAUGUCCGAUGAGAUUUUUUUUUUUCUUUGAGUGACUUCAUUCGUGCCACAUGGAUUGUCUUGCUAUCAAACUGUGAAUGUUUUCAGAGAGACACAAACCUCUUGAGCUGGUUGGGACUUGAAAGUAUUACAGUGGGACAACAAAACAAUCAAAAAAGUGCAUAUACUGUAUAUAUAUAUAUGUAUAUAUAUAUAUAUAUACAGAUUAAAAUAAUUGUAUUUGUCACACUGUGUGUUUCUGUUGUUCAGAAUUUUCUGGAAAUGAUGUUAGGCAAAAAUAAAAAAAAUAGAGAAAAUGUGAUAUUUUUCAUUUUGGACAAACUAUAAAUAAGCAAAGAGAAAGAUGAAAAUCACACAAAGCACAAACAGAGAGAUGCCUAUGAAAACAACCGAUGACAUCAAUGACAACAUUAGUGUUGUUCCCUUGCUUUUUUUCAUUUUGCCAAAGUCAAUAUUGUUCUCUUGACAUUAUAUAAAUAAAAAUGACAUGUAUGGAACACUGACUGCCUCAUUAACAUACAAAAGGUCACACAAGGAAAGACAAAUCAAUUGAUCGUACUUUUUUGCCCAUCAUCCACAAUGCUAAUUUGAGACUGUGUGUUCUAAAUACUGAGUAACUACUAACAUGAGGCAGCUAAUAAUGCAUAAUGGGGAUUAACCAAUUCUGCCUAAUACACUACAUGUACUGACAGGCACAUUCAUACGUAUUGACAUAUAUUGGUCAUUUUACGCAUUACUGGAACUUCUAUCUCGGCCACAUUGAUUUCUACUUCCAUUUACAAGAGCAGCACAGAGAAAGCAUUUGCAAGAACUAAUCAUGGCAGACUUCGUUAGACACGAUGACGACUCUCCCCCCCCAGACAGAGACAAUAAUGUUGCUGGGCGCUCGGCAGAUCCAGCUAGAGUGAAACACUAAGCCAUUGGAGUAGCAUUAUCAUGUAGCAUUAGUGCUAAACGUUUCCAGUUGCUUACACACAGAAUAUUGUAGGGCUAGUGUCCUAAGGCUAUAAAGACAUGGUGUAUAGCAAAGGAAAGGUUAGACUCUCAUAUUUCAUCAGAAAGUAAGUUAUAAUACUGUACUUAUGAAAUGUAAUGUGAUAAUGUUUCCCCCCUUUUCUGUUCUUUAAUCAGCAGUAGAACAGACGUACGUUUCAGCAAAAUAUCAGUUCUCAGCAAAAAACUUUCACUUUGACACAAAUUAUGUAGUGUAUAAUUAUAUCAUUUCAUGAUAUAUUUAGCCAAAAUAUACAAACAACUACGCCACAACAUAAAUAACACAAAAAAUGGUUGUA